AUAACGGUUAGCGCUUGUCCUCUGUGCUCAGCUUUGUGGAGGUACAAACGGUUUUCAGUGAGUAUGAGUUCUGUUUGUGCCCAUUGUGGAAGGCUUGAGGUUCAUGGUUAGAUCCAUAGGGUUGAACUUUAGAAGUAGGCCAACUGUUGUUUUUGACUGGUAGGGCUUUCAUACGGCAGACAAACAAAAAGCGCACAUGAAACAUACAUGCAUGCAAGUCAACCUUAAGAGGAAGAAUUACCAAAAGUCGAUGUUUCUUCGAUUGUGAAGGCUGUGUGUCGCAAAAGGGGCAUUUUUAGCGGGUUUAACAGUCAAAGAGAAGAGUUGCAACAAGGGCAAAAUUGAGGUAAAGCGCUGUUUGUGUAAGUAAUUGCUUGUUAUUUCUCUAUUCUAUUAAACCUGUUCGGGGUCCAACUAACAGAUGUUAUGAUUAUUAUUAAGGACUAUGGAAUAAAAUUGUAACGGUUUUCACUUCGAAGAAACUAAUGAAAAUGACCGCUUGAGGUCUCUGUCCUACGAGAGUGAGAGAGGGCGACAGACAGAAGGGAAACUGAGUGGAAUGCAUGUCGUGCUCCGCGCCUGCGAAAGCUGCGAGCAGCACCGACUGCAGUGCCGCACAUUAACGUUUGUAUAUUUGACUUAUUUUUGUUGCUGUGUUAAAUGUAGCUUAUGAAACCGUGUGCUUGCUAUCGCUACGUGAUUGGAUACACAGCACUGAAAUCGAAAGUAUCCUCGACUAUUCACCAGAGUCGGUGUAUCGAAUAGAUUUUAUUUUAUUCAAGUUACAGCCCGGCGACUCUGCUGAGACAGAGAUAACCCCUUUACGCCCGGCGUCUUUACCACAGGAAUAUACACCGGUAGCAUGGCCACAGCAUCAGAGACGAACCGACGGCUUUUGUUGGAGCUUCUGGAAAGAGCUGGGAAUGGAACCUGUAUUGACUGCGGUGUCGCAGACCCAGAGUGGGCUUCUUCCACCCUGGGAGUGUUUAUGUGUCAGAGCUGCUCAGCACUGCAUCGCAACAUUCCCCAGAUCAGUCGAGUCAAGUCCAUCCUGAUGGACCCCUGGGAGGCAGAGGAGGUGGAGUUCAUGGCCUCCUCAGGCAAUGAGGCAGCCAAAGCUAAGUACGAGCAGCUGAUUCCUCCGUUCUACUACACGCCAACCAACAAAGACUGCAUGCUGCUACGGGAACAGUGGAUCAGAGCCAAGUACGAGAGGAUGGAGUUUAUGUUUGUGGACAGACAGGAACCUUAUUCAGCAGGAUAUAGGGAGGGGUUUCUAUGGAAACGAGGCAGAGACAACGGACAGUUUUUAUGUCGUAAAUUUAUUCUGUCAGAGCGAGAGGGAGCCCUGAAGUACUUCAACAAACAAGACGCCAGAGAACCAAAAGCUGUGAUGAAAAUUCAGAACAUAAAUGCAUCCUUCCAGACAGCUAAGAUUGGCCACCAACAUGGCCUCCAGAUCACCUACCUGAAGGACAACAGCACCAGGAACAUCUUUGUAUAUCAUGACGAUGGAAAGGAAAUGGUGGACUGGUUCAAUGGCAUCAGAGCUGCCAGGUAUCACUAUCUACAGGUGGCUUACCCUGGAGCACAUGACACUGAUCUGGUGCCAAAGCUGAGCCGAAACUACAUGAAGGAAGGGUACAUGGAGAAGACUGGUCCGAAGCACACGGAGGGCUUUAAGAAGCGCUGGUUCACUAUGGAUGACAGAAGGCUGAUGUAUUUCAAAGAUCCCCUGGAUGCGUAUGCGCGCGGUGAGCUCUUUAUUGGUAGUAAGGAGAAUAGUUACACCGUCCUGCCUGGUCUACCUCCAUCCAUCCAGGGCUAUCACUGGCAGUUUGGCAUCACCAUAGUGACCCCUGACCGUAAGUUUCUGUGUGCCUGCGAGACGUUGGCGGAUCAGCAGGACUGGAUUGCGGUGUUUCAGAAGGUGGUGCACCGGCCAAUGUUACCCCAGGAGUACGCAGUGGAGGCGCACUUCAAGCAUAAGCCCUGAUGGGGGCGCUGUUUGCCUAUGUUGGGAGAGAGUUGCACGACCCAGGAGGGACCAUAGUGAUCCGUGUCUGAGAGAGAGGUCGAUGCAGACGGACCUCUGUGACCUUAGAGGGGAGAAGCUGGAUCUGAGUGACAGGAUCUUUCUCACUGCAUUCGCCUGUACCUGUGAUUGUGUACCAAUACCAUACACACCCAUCACUCUCUCUUCGCCAUCCAUCUCUUUAUAUCGCCCCCCCCCC